AUGGGUCGCCGUUUUGUGUUAACAUUGGUGAUUGGGAUCUCGGCCGGUUUUAGUUUCGCAUACAUACUGCUAACUUCGUCUGGAUUCUCGCGGGAAGUAGCUUGGUACACCAACAACAGAGAAUCAGCACGCGACCUUGAUAGGCACCCGUUACCAAGCGUCAUAGAACACGGCAGUGAGGAACCAGCGCAUAGAGAUGAGGACAGGUCGAUCGCAGACGAGUUAUCGAAACGGGUCAGAGUGCUAUGUUGGAUUAUGACCCAGCCGAGCAACCACAAGAAAAAGGCGAAGCAUGUCAAAGCCACUUGGGGCAAGCGCUGCAAUAAAUUGCUGUUUAUGAGCACAGCGGAAGACAGCGAGUUGCCCUCUGUGAAGUUACCCGUUCAAGAAGGCAGAGACCACCUGUGGGCGAAGACAAAAGCUGCGUUCAGAUAUGUAUAUGAGCAUCACCGAAGAGACGCCGAUUGGUUCCUUAAGGCCGAUGAUGACACGUACGUGGUGGUUGAAAACCUCAGAUACAUGCUCGCUGAUUAUGACAGCAAAGACCCUAUAUACUUCGGAUGCCGGUUCAAACCUUUUACAUCUCAGGGCUAUAUGAGCGGCGGAGCUGGCUACGUCCUAAGUCGGGAAGCUCUGGACCUGUUCGUGAAUAAGGGUCUUCCUUCGCCGCAUCUCUGCAAAGCUACCGACCACGGAGCUGAGGAUGCGGAAAUGGGCGUCUGCAUGGACCACAUCGGAGUAAAAGCGAUGGACUCGCGAGACUCGCUGCAUCGCGGACGUUUCUUCCCGUUCAUGCCCAAACACCAUCUGUUCCCGAACAAGGACAAAGGGUUCUGGUACUGGCAGUAUAUCUAUUACCCCAGUGAUGAGGGUCUUGAUUGCUGUUCAGAUCACGCCGUAUCCUUCCAUUACGUGGAUCCUUUAGAAAUGUACGUCUUAGACUACUUGAUAUACCAUUUGCGACCUUAUGGCAUUCGCUUCGGUACGGGUGAUCUGCCUAAAAUCCUAAGAACUAACGACACAUCCGUCACAGAUAGUCGUUGA